UUUUUUUCUUUUUUUUUUCUUGUGAUGGUAAAACCCCAACAAUAAACGACUCAACCGCCGGUAUCAACUAUCAACUAUCAACUCAACAAGAAUCAAGCUGAUUAUUACAGGCGGCAACCAUGGCGGUCACAACCAUGCCGCUGGUCUCCCUACCACCGCAUCACCGCGCUUCUCCACCUCCUCCAACCACUCAUAUAACAACACUCAAUAAAGACCGCUACUUUUCAAACCACCCAACAGUUUUACUCAUCAACCAAUCUUCAAAUUCAAAACAACUCAAACAAAUUCACGCCCAAAUGCUCCGCAACGGCCUUUUCUACGACCCCUUUUCAGCCAGCACUCUCAUUUCCGCUUUUGCUCUAUCCCCAUUACAAGACAUUGAUUAUGCACAUAAGUUGUUCGACGAAAUGCCUGAACCAAAUGUUUACACUUGGAACGUGCUCAUUCGCGCUUAUUCUUCGAGUCAAACCCCCAUUCAAAGCCUCUUGAUGUUUACCCAGAUGAUUAAUUUGUAUAAAUCGUGUAAUGAAGUGUCACCCAAUAAGUUUACUUACCCUUUUGUGAUCAAAGCAGCAGCUGAACUUUUGGAUAUUAGAGUUGGUAAAGUUAUUCAUGGGAUGGUUGUUAAGAUGUCACUUGGUUCAGAUGUUUUCAUACUUAAUUCACUUAUACAUUUUUAUGCAUCAUGUGGACAUUUGGAUUCCGCAUAUAGAGUGUUUAUAAACAUCCCUGUGAGGGAUGUUGUGUCGUGGAAUUCGAUUAUCACGGGUUUUGCACAGGGUGAUCGUGCUGAUGACGCGUUGAGGUUGUUUCAUGAGAUGCAAGGUGACGGGUUGAGACCGGAUAAUGUUACAAUGAUGAGUGUGUUAACCGCUUGUACAAAGAAGUUGGAUUUAAAGUUUGGCAGAUGGGUUCAUUCGUACAUCGAAAAGAAUGGGAUUAGAGGAAGCUUGAAUUUAAACAACGCGUUGCUUGAUAUGUAUGCGAAAUGUGGAAGCGUAGAGGAUGCACAGAAGCUGUUCGAUAAAAUGCCUGAGAAGGAUAUUGUGUCGUGGACGACGAUGCUAGUUGGGUAUGCGAAAUCGGGUCAUUACAUCGCUGCCAGGAGGCAUUUUGAGAGUAUGCCUGAUCAGGAUAUAGCUGCGUGGAACGCGUUAAUAUCGGCUUACGAACAAAGCGGUAACCCGAAAGAAGCUUUGGCUAUUUUCAACGAGCUACAAUUGACUAACAAAGCGGAACCGGAUAAUGUAACUCUUGUUAGCACUCUAUCGGCUUGUGCGCAAGUGGGUGCGAUGGAUAUGGGCGGUUGGAUCCACGUGUAUAUCAAGAAACAUAACAUUAAACUCAGUCGUCACCUUAUAACCUCACUGAUUGACAUGUAUUCAAAAUGUGGCGAUUUAAAUAAAGCGCUUGAGGUGUUUAAUUCUUCUGAUGAUAAAGACGUGUUUAUCUGGAGCGCGAUGAUUGCCGGUCUUGCAAUGCAUGGUCAUGGACGAGACGCAAUCGAACUUUUCGAGAAAAUGCAAGAAGCUAACGUCAAACCUAACGGUGUCACUUUCACGAAUUUACUAUGCGCGUGUAGCCACACGGGCUUAUUGCAAGAGGGUCGCGAUUUCUUCAAGAAAAUGGAGCCAGUUUACGGAAUUACCCCUGGGGUUAAACACUACGCUUGCAUGGUGGAUAUGCUCGGUCGUGCGGGUCAUUUGGAAGAAGCGAUAAAUUUGAUUAAAACGAUGCCGAUGCCUCCAUUAGCUUCGGUUUACGGAGCUCUCUUAGGUGCGUGCAAACUUCAUGGAAACGUAGAAGUUGCUGAACAAGCUAGUGCACGUUUGCUUGAACUGGAGCCGUGGAAUCACGGUGCGUAUGUUCUGUUAUCGAACGUAUACGCUAAAACGGGAAAAUGGGAUCAAGUUGCUAGUUUAAGAAAACGAAUGAAAGACGUUGGGCUGAAGAAAGAACCGGGGUGUAGUUCAAUCGAAGUCAAUGGUGUUGUUCAUGAGUUUAUUGUAGGAGAUAAUACACACACGCAAUCCAAACCAAUAUAUGGAAAGUUGAACGAGGUUUUUGAGAAGUUAAAGUCGAACGGGUAUGAACCGAAUCGGUCUCAGGUGCUACAAUGUGUUGAAGAAGAAGAUAUGCAAGAACAAGCGUUACAUCUUCAUAGCGAGAAGUUGGCCAUUGCGUUUGGGCUCAUUAGUCUGAAACAAAGUCAACCGAUUCGGGUUAUGAAAAAUCUUCGUGUUUGUGGGGAUUGCCAUAAUGUCGCGAAGUUGAUUUCGAAGGUCUAUGAUAGAGAGAUUUUGUUGAGGGAUCGUUAUAGGUUUCAUCGUUUUAAAGCGGGGGAAUGUUCAUGUAAAGAUUACUGGUAAAUUAUAGGUUUUAGGUAUGCUUAGUAUUGCAAGAACCGCUAGGCACUCGUCUGCCGGUGGGGUACCGAUUAACGGUUAAUCGGAUUGGGAUUUUAUAUGUAAUUUUUGCAGUUUUAUAUGUAUAUACACACAUUUUUAUAUGUACCUUUUUAA